GAAGUUGAAUAAAUAUUGGACAGUCUAAUAUUGUUUUUCUUCGUGUGAAACUUUCUGGAGAAAAAAACUCAAGGAAAAUGGGUUUCCUGUACACUUCUGUUUUCCGAAGGACAUCCACCUUUGCCGUGGGCGUUGUAGCGUCUGUGUUCUUCUUCGAGCGAGCCUUCGAUUGGGGCUCUGAUGCCCUUUUCCGGAGUGUCAACAAAGGCAAACUCUGGGAUGACAUUAAGCACAAAUACGAGUAGGAAAUGAAACAAUUUACUAAUUUAAUUUGAGAAAUAACUAAUAAAAACUAUGUUGAAGUAGAAAA